AUGGUUCUUCAGGGUCAAUCGACUAUCCCGCCCCGACAUGUUGAUCGGAAGGAGCUAUAUACGGAUCUGGAGGCAAGGAUUCGCUAUUUGCAGCAUUUUUUGGGGUUUGGGACCGAUGACGUCGCUGCCCUGCACGUCGGAGCCAAAUACAUCAAAGCGAUGGCCCCCACGCUCGUUGAUCGCGUAUACUCCAAGCUUCUCGAGACGGACAUCACCGCGCGCGUGUUCCGCACCCGCAGCACGGCAUCGGAAGAGCACGUCGAUAGUUAUCCCACGUUCGAGAGCUCGCAGAUCCAGCGACGACGCAUGUUCCUGCGCUGGUAUAUGACGAAGUUGUGCUCGGAUCCGACCAGGAUUGAGUUCUGGAAGUAUCUCAAUCAAGUUGGACGAAUGCACGACGGCAAAGACCGCAUGCUCUCCUUCGACGUCGAAUACAUCCACAUCGGGGCGUGUCUGGGCUUCGUCCAAGACGUCAUCAUCGAAGCCGUCAUGGGCCUGGACGUUGUUUCCUUUCCGUUCCGACUCGCCCUCGUCCGCGCCUUGGGGAAGGUCAUCUGGAUCCAGAACGAUCUGUUUGCGCGAUGGCGGGUUCGCGAUGGGCAGGAGUUUGAUGAUGAGAUAGAGGCGGCGCAUCAUGACCCUGAGACGGAGCUCAAACCGAAGACGACGAAGCCGGCGCCGAAAGACCGCGACGAUUCGUCCAGUAUCAAGACAACUUGGUCGGCGCAGACGGAACCGGCGAGUUUGUUUUCGAAUAUGCAGUCUGUCGAGACGGCGUCGACGAGGACCACGAUUCCGGCAAACUCGGCGUCGCAGGUGUCCGUUUGUCCGUUUGCGCUGGAUUUUAAGCAGACGUUCGAGACGAAGGUGUGGUCGGGGCAGGAUUCGGGGCAUCGGUAGGGAUUUGGCUGGGGGAGUUGAGGAGUAUAUCAGUGUCUGUUUUCCUUUUUUUUUUGACAUUCCUGUUUCAUAAAAACAAUACAAUGUCACGUCUAUAGAUCU